CACUCAAAUCGUCUCAUAGGUCAAAGAAAUCAGUAACAAUAAUCAAUUAAUUAAAGCAAUGGAUGUUCUAACUUUAAGCUCAAGCUCAAGCCUAAGCAUUUCCAAGACAUUUCAUUGCCUUCCACAGUCUAGUAAACAGCAAAGAACUUCUCAGGUUCACUUUGCUAUUUCUUGCAGAGGAGCUACAAAGCUAAAGGAAGAAACCACCUAUGGAAACCUCUACAAAGUUUUGUCCUUGAAACCCGGAAGUGCCAUGGAUGAGAUAAAGAGAGCAUACAGAUCAAUGGCUCUUCAGUACCACCCUGAUGUGUGCCAUGAUCCUUCCAUGAAAGAGGAGUCAACAAGGAUGUUUGUUCAGCUAAAUGCAGCUUACAAGACACUGUCAAAUCCCCUGCUUAGAGAACAGUAUGACAGUGAAAUUAAUUUGGGUUUCAGAAGUGAAAUGAAAGUUUGUGAUGAUGAUGAGGGGUUGAGAAGUAGGUGGCAAGAGCAAGUGGUUGAGUUGAAGACAAGGUCUCGCAGACGCAUGGGACAACAAGGGGGGUCAUGGAGCAGCAGAAUGAGGACACAGAACAUGAAAAACAGGAACUAGUUUUCUUGUUCUGUACUGUCUGAGUUUGUUGUUGUUCAUGUCAAAAAGUAAAUUGGUUUAGUUUUAGCAACGAUUGUUACAUAUGUACAUUUAACUCUAGUAAUUAUAUCACCCUUUGGGUUUGAGCAUGGGUGAUUUCCACAUAUAUAGCAUUAUCCCAAUUGUAACAAUUCUUUUAGCACACAAGCAUUUAACUUUAUACAAUUCCCAAUAUAACUUUUUAUGCUC